AUGAGAAAACCCCAGAAGAACACACAAAUCAUUAUAAAGGUUAAACUUCAGAAAACCAAGACACUGAACACAACAGAUUACACACAACAUAGUUGUUAUCCUCCUCCUCCUCCUUUCCUUCAGCACGAAAAUUUAAACGAGAGCCAUAGUCCACUACACAGUCCACUGGUCACCAUGCUCGCCUGCACAGUGUGCGCAGUUGGACUUGUUCUUUUCCUCCUCCUCUUCAUCUUUUUGCGCUUCCCUUAUUUUAUCCAGGAUGUCCGCUUCGUGCUCACCGUCUUCAAAUCCAGACAGAGCAUUUUAAAGUACAUGAAGACCAACUACACCAUCCUGGACGCGUUCCUGGACGCGGUGAAGACGCAGCCACACAAGCCGUUCAUCCUCUUCAAAGAUGAGACCUACACCUACCGGGACGCGGACGCGCUCAGCAACCAAGCCGCCAGAGUGUUUCUGCAGAGCGGACUCGUCAAACAAGGCGACACGGUAGCGAUGUUCCUGGGGAACGAGCCGAUGUUCGUGUGGCUGUGGCUGGGUUUGGUGAAGAUUGGCUGCUCCGCCGCUUUUCUCAACUACAACAUCAGAUCCAAGUCUCUGUUACACUGUUUCAACUGCACCACAGCCAAAACCCUGGUGGCUGCUGCAGAGUUGCAGGACGCUGUGGAGGAGAUUCUGCCCAGUCUGUUGGAGCAGCAGGUCACAGUUUACAUCCUGACUGACAGAUGUCAAACUGCAGGCGUGCAGAGCUUCACCGACAAAAUGAGCCAGGUUUCCUCUGGGCCUCUGUCCAAGGAUUUAAGGUCACAUUUGACUUUGCAGAGUCCAGCAGCCUACAUAUACACAUCUGGGACAACAGGUCUUCCUAAAGCAGCAGUGGUCCCACAUGUCAAAGUGUGGGCCUUGUCCAUGGUUCAGCUUUUCUCAGGAGUGAAAUCCAACGAUGUGAUCUAUGUCACCCUCCCUCUGUAUCACAGCACCGGCUUCCUUGGCAUCACUGGAGCCAUUCAGAGGGGUAUCGUCGUGGCACUGAGGAGCAAAUUUUCUGCCUCUCAGUUUUGGGACGACUGCAGAAAAUAUGACGUCACUGUCAUACAGUACAUAGGUGAAAUUAUGCGCUACCUCUGCAACUCACCAAAGAGACUCAGUGACCGCAGACACAAAGUAAGACUUGCAAUAGGUAACGGGAUCAGAGCAGAUGUGUGGAGGGAAUUCAACAGCAGGUUUGGAAACAUUGAAAUCAAAGAGCUUUACGGUGCAACAGAGGGGAAUUUGUUUCUGAUGAAUUACUGCGGCAAAGUCGGAGCUGUAGGACGAAUUAACUUCCUUAUCAAGAUGCUUUCUUCAUAUACUGUGAUCAAAUAUGAUGUCGAUAAAGAGGAACCGUUAAGGGAUUCAUCUGGUUUCUGCAUAGAGGCUGACAAAGGUGAGCCUGGACUGAUGGUGUCUAAGAUAACAGUAAAGACUCCGUUCAGUGGUUAUGCUGGAGACCUGCAGCAGACGGAGAAGAAGAAGCUACAUGACGUCUUCAAGAAAGGAGACACGUACUUCAACACGGGCGACCUGCUGUGUGUCGAUGAAGACAAUUUCAUCUACUUUCACGAUCGAGUUGGAGACACGUUCAGGUGGAAAGGAGAAAAUGUGGCCACUAAUGAGGUGGCUGAUGUCAUCACACUGGCUGACUGCAUCAAAGAAGCCAAUGUGUAUGGAGUCAAAGUGCCAGGUCAGGAGGGACGAGCUGGAAUGGCUGCUGUCACUUUACAAGACGGACACAAAUUUGCCACCGCCGACAUUUAUAAACACGUGGAAAACUUCCUGCCGACCUAUGCAAGACCACGCUUUAUAAGGAUUCAGAGUUCGUUGGAGGUAACGGGCACGUACAAGCUUAUGAAGACGAAGCUGGUGGAGGAAGGUUUCAACCCAAAUCUCAUAAAAGACCCGCUCUACUUUCUGGACAACAAAGAAAAGGAAUAUAUUCCAUUUACACCGGACAUUUUCAAUGACAUAAUGUCAGGAAAUAUCACAAUUUAAAUUCUUUUAAAUGGAAUUUAAUAUUCACACACAGUAUGACUUUGUCACACAUGCAGAGAACAUGUUUGUUCCUGCUGCAAUGAGACUGAUGUGAAGUAUAUUAUAAAAUAUACAUUGACAAUGAUUGCAGAGCAACUGUUGCUUUAAAAUGUGAAAAAAUUCAAGUUUCCCCAUUGAGAAAACAGCUGUUGUUGUUCACACAGCAACUUCUCACUGAGAUGUGGAUUCUGUUCUGCUGGGGCUGUCGUCAGUGUAGGUGGUGGCAUCUCUGCCCUGUAUACAAUACAGCUCUCUGUGUGUGACUGCUGAGCAUCUGGUGUUUGAUCCAGCCCCCCCAAGGAAGCACAAUAAUAAAAUAACAAAGAAAAAACAACAACUAAAAAUGCUCUCACUUUCUCAUUCUUCAGUUUGAUAUGCUUAAUCACCAAUGUUUGUCCUUCUGUUUAAAUAGAACAGCAGUCAUUCUGACAGUAGGAAAGUCACAGGUGUAAAUAAUGACAGCUGAGUUCCAUUUAGCGUCCUCACUUGUGCAUACCUUGCCUUUUGCCCUAUGUCAGCUGAGAUUGUCGCCAGCGCCCCCCACAACCCUCAUGUGGAGGAUAAAUCAGUAGAACAUGAGUGAGUGAGUUUAAGGGUACAUACUGGUUCACUGAUCUGAACACAGCCAUUGUUAAUGUGAUUGAUAACAUCUGUUCCUUUCCCACUGAAGCACAUCAACAAGCAUAUGACCUAUAUAACAAACUAUACAAACAAAUAAAAUAUAAGAGCAAUUAAGACUA